AUGAAGUCUUUUACGACUUACGCCAUCGCCGCUGGCAUAUUUGGAGGAGCAAACGCGAUCAACUUGGUUAAGCGAGACGAUGGAUACCCUCCGCGCGUCGUCGAGCAUACAAUACAACGAAGGCAUAUCAGAAAUCCAGUACAACAUGACAGGAAUCGAAUGAGAAAGCGUGAUGGAACGCUCUCGGUCAUUCUGGAUAAUGAGGAGACGCUGUACUUUAUGAAUGCGACUAUUGGAACUCCCCAGCAAAAAUUGCGAUUACAUCUUGACACUGGAAGCAGUGAUUUAUGGGUGAAUGUCGCCGACAGCUCAUUGUGCUCGCAUCCCAGCAAUCAGUGCUCAGUAUCUGGAACCUACAGCGCCAACGACUCGUCAACAUACCAGUUCAUCAACAGCGAUUUCAACAUCUCCUACGUUGACGGUUCUGGAUGCUCAGGAGACUAUGCUUCCGACACUGUAUCAUUCGGCAGCGCCACUAUCGAAAACCAGCAAUUCGGAAUUGGAUAUGAAUCGAGUUCGGCGGAGGGAAUUCUGGGCCUUGGUUAUCCCAUCAACGAAGUUGCAGUGCAGUACAAUAACGGCAAAACGUACCCCAACGUGCCACAGUCGUUGUUAAACAACGGCUACAUCAACACUAAUGCUUACAGUUUGUGGCUCAACGAUCUCGAUGCUUCGACUGGGUCGAUCUUGUUCGGUGGUGUGAACUCGGCUAAGUAUACCGGAUCCCUGGAAACAGUCCCAAUCGUCAAAGAGCAGGGCGUGUAUGCAGAGUUCAUCAUCGCUCUGACCGCAGUCGGCCACAAUGGCAAGCAAGGAUCUAUCGCCAGCAACCAGGCCAUUCCAGCUUUGCUCGAUUCCGGAAGCUCAUUGAUGUACCUACCAAACAACAUCACGCACUCGAUAUACAAAGCUACCGGCGCAUCCUACGACUCGCAGGAAGGUAUCGCAUUCAUCGACUGCAGCGCAGGAGAUUCGGACGAAACGAUCGAUUUCACCUUUUCCUCGCCCACUAUCAAAGUCGCUUUAAACGAACUCGUCAUCGUCGCAGGCGUCGACAGAGGGCAAGAAAUCUGCAUUCUGGGAAUUGGACCAGCAGGAAGUAGCACACCAGUUCUUGGAGACACGUUCUUGAGAUCAGCAUACGUUGUCUACGAUCUGGCAGCCAACGAAAUCUCCCUCGCACAAACCAACUUCAAUUCCACCUCGAACAAUAUCCUGGAAAUCACGAAAUCUACGGGUGUUCCUGAUGCUACCCCUGUCCAGAACGCAGUCACUAGUGUUGCCGUGCAUUCGGGUGGUGCCAGAAUUGGUAGUGGCACAAGCGGUACGAUAACGUUGGGUGCUGCUGCUGCGCCGACAGUGGCUCCGAGUUGGAAUUUGGCUGCAAUUGGAGGUGUGGCUAUGGCUGGUGCGAUGUUUGCUUUGUAG